AUGACGUUGGCAGCGGCGUGUAAUCGAGUGUACCGAACGCAUUAUUUGCCCCUGGACACUAUUUCCAUCAUUCCUAGAGCAUUGAUGCAGAAUUCCGGAAUGGGUACAGAUUGGCGGCGAUUCCAACCCCGACAGCAGUCCAACAAAGCAUUGAGAUGGUUAGAAUGGGAACAACAUACUCGAUUUUUAGCCUCAUUACGGAACGGAACGACCAAACCCAACAUCAGGCACGCAGGCAAUGGAGGAGAAAUAAAAGUUGGACCGUACAGUUUGGAUGGUUAUGAUCGGGACAACAACGUCGCCUACGAAUUUUUUGGUUGUGCCUUCCACGGUUGUCCCACGUGCUAUCCUGGACCCGUUCAAGACGUCAAACAUUUCCACCCUUACGACCCCUCACGAACCAUGAGGAAACUGUACGCUCAAACCAUGCAACGACUAAAUGAUUUGAAAACCAAGCUCGGUCUGGGGGACCUCGUGACCGUUUGGGAGUGUCAGGUGGAAUCGCAGAGACGGACCAACCAAAACAUGGAGGAAUUUUUCCACGCUUUGGAAACAAACGGCUGGCCACAUCCCGAACCACUCUUUCCCCGAGACGCUUUUUUCGGCGGAAGGACCAAUGCCAUUCAACUGAUGGCCGUGCCUAAAGAGAACGAAGAAAUCCGAUACUUGGACGUGGUAUCCUUGUAUCCAUACAUUUGCAAAUAUGGUCGGUUCCCUAUCAACGAACCCGAGAUCGUCGUUUCACCAGAUCAACAGAACUGGCAGCAGUACGAGGGAUUAAUACAAUGUAAAGUCGUACCACCGAGACGACUCUACCACCCCGUUCUGCCUUUCAGAUGGAACAACAAAACCACGUUUCCGCUCUGUCGUUCUUGUAUUAUGGAGAAUAUGCAGGAGUCUGAGAUUAGCGAAUACGUGCCUUGUGCCCAUUCCGACGACGAAAGAGCCUUGGUCGGCACCUACGUGUCCCUCGAACUGAAGAAAGCCGCUUCUCUGGGGUAUAAAGUCAUUCAAGUCUUCGAAGUGUGGCAUUGGUCCGAAGAAAAAUGGAGUCAGUACGACACUCAGACCAAAACGGGAGGGUUGUUCACGGGAUACAUUGACCACUACUUAAAGACUAAAAUGGAAAGUAGUGGUUACCCUUCGGAAUGUCGCACGGACCAAGAAAAAGCCCAAUUUAUUGCAGACGUCUACCAAAAAGAAGGCAUUAGUCUCGAUCCUGCUAAAGUGAUCUACAACAACGGAAUGCGAAGUUGCAGUAAGCUAAAGCUCAACAUUUUAUGGGGUAAAUUUGGUCAACGGGACAAUUUCAGUCAAACGGAAUACAUUACCGAACCAGAGAGAUAUUUUGAUCUUCUGACGGAUGUCACGCAAUCCAUUAAAGACGUACAAUUGGUCAACGACAACAUGGUGAUGGUGGAACGAUUGAAAUUGGAAGAACAC